AUGGAACAAUUGAGGGAAGAGUUCGCGGAUUCGACCGUCGAGGAGCAAAGACUCACGGAGAACAGACAACGCAAGAAGUACUGGUACAAAUGGGGGCCAUACCUUUCUGAGAGGGCGUGGGCCACCGUCAGAGAGGACUACUCGUACAACGGUGACGCGUGGGCGAAUUUCCCCUUCGAGCACGCAAACAGCAGGGUGUUCCGGUGGGGGGAGGACGGGCUGUUCGGGGUCUCGGACAACAGGCAGUACAUAUGUAUGUCGCUGGCGUUGUGGAACGGGAAGGACUCGAGAUUGAAGGAGAGGCUGUUUGGGCUGACUGGCCCGCAGGGGAACCACGGGGAGGACGUCAAGGAGCUGUACUACUACUUGGAUAACACUCCAACCCACUCGUACAUGAAGGCGCUGUACAAGUACCCGUUCAAGAAGGCGUUCCCUUACGAGCAAUUGGUCGAGGAGAACGGGAAGAGAGGGUACCAAGACAUGGAGUACGAGAUUUACGACGUCGAUGGUCUGUUCAAGGAGGAGGAAACGGGGGAUACUCCCUAUUUCGACGUUUUCUUCGAGAUGGCGAAGGACGCAGACGAUGAACAUGACUUGAAUUUCAGAAUUACCGUGCACAACAGGUCCAAGACAGAAGCCGGGGAACUGUACAUUGCGCCACAGAUCUUCUUCAGAAACACCUGGGCUUGGGACGGUACAGAGUCCAAGGAGAGACCCUCCUUGGUGAGAGACAACGACGCUGCGAAUUUGAUCAACGUUACGCACAAGAAGUACGGGAAGUCACAGAUCGUGUUCCAACCUUCUCCAGGCGGGUUUGGAGGUGACGGUGACGCGGAUGCAGAGGACGUUGAGGCGAAAUUGCUGUUCACGGAUAACGAGUCCAACUUGGUGAAGUUGUACAACUCGAAGGAGAACCCUUCAAAGUUCACUAAGGACGCAUUCGAGGAGUACUUAGUCCACGGGAACGAGGACGCAGUGAACCCGGAGAACAGAGGUACAAAGGCAUGUGCCGUGUACCACUUCAAAAAUAUCCCACCGGGGGAGUACGUCACCGUCAGGUACAAGUACACCGAUGACAAGGAGGGCAGGAUCUUCCCCGCGGAGGACCUUGCCGUCAUCGACGAGGACCAGUUCGACACCAUCUUCGACCAACGUGAGGAGGAGGCCGAUGACUUCUACUGGAGAAUUACCCCAUUGCCCAUCAGCGACGAGAUGAGAAACAUCCAGAGACAGGCAUUCGCAGGUAUGCUAUGGACCAAGCAGUUCUACAACUUCGUGUACGACAACUGGUACAACGGUGAUCCAAAGGUUAAGCCACGCCCACCUCCAGACAGAGCCAAUGGGAGAAACAAGAAAUGGAAGCAUCUGUACAUCGAAGAUAUCUUGUCGAUGCCAGACAAGUGGGAGUACCCAUUCUUUGCCUCCUGGGACAGUGCAUUCCACUGUAUCCCCUUGUCCAUGAUCGACCCGCAUUUUGCCAAGGGCCAGUUGGAUCUGUUGACAAGAGAGUGGUACAUGCACCCUAACGGGCAGAUCCCAGCGUACGAGUGGAACUUCGAGGACGUCAACCCACCGGUCCACGCUUGGGCCGUGUAUCGUGUCUUCAAGAUCGAAAGAAACUUGUACCACCGUGAGGACCGUGUCUUCUUGGAGAGUGUCUUCCAAAAGCUGCUGCUGAACUUCACCUGGUGGGUCAACCGGAAGGACAGAGACGGUAGAAACGUCUUCGAAGGUGGGUUCUUGGGUCUCGACAACAUCGGUAUCUUCAACAGAUCAGAACCUUUACCCACAGGUGGUACUUUGGAACAGGCUGACUCCACUGGUUGGAUGGCGUUCUUCUGUCUGCAGAUGCUGAACAUCGCCUUGGAAUUGGCCAAGGAAAACAGAGUCUACGAGUCCAUCGCCUCGAAGUUCUUCGAACAUUUCCUAUUGAUCAGUGACUCCAUGUCCUUCGACUACUCGCACGAGUUCUCAGACUCCGGUGAACUCAUCAAGAAAGUCAUGAAGCAAAGUUUGUGGAACGACACGGACAAGUUCUACUACGACGCCAUCUCAUGGAGCGCCGACAACAAGACGCAGCUACCAAUCAGAUCGCUAGUUGGGUUGAUCCCACUGUACGCCUCGAUGACUUUGGAACCAAGUAUCUUGAGCCAGUUCCCAAGAUUCAAGAAGAGAGUCGACUGGUUCGUCAACAACCGUCCAGACAUCUUCGAAAGAAACGUCGCAUCGAUGUCGAAAAAGGGUGUCGGCGAAAGACUGCUGAUGGCUUUGGUCACCAAGGACAGAUUGGAGGCAAUUUUGAGGAGAUUGUUGGACGAGACCGAGUUCUUGUCCGAUUACGGUAUUAGAUCCAUGUCCAAGUACCACGAAAAACACCCAUUCGAAAUGAACGUUGGUGGUCAAACUUACAAAGUGCAGUACUUGCCCGGUGAAUCCGAUUCCGGGAUGUUCGGUGGUAACUCCAACUGGAGAGGUCCAAUCUGGUUCCCAACCACUUUCUUGAUCGUGGAAGCGUUGCAAAGAUUCUACCUGUACUACGGUUCCGAAUUCAAGGUCGAAUGCCCCGUUGGGUCCGGCGAGUACUUAAACCUGGCGGAAGUUGCGGAAGAGAUCGCCUCCCGUAUGAUCCACUUGUUCGUCCGUGACGAAAACGGAGAACGUGCCAUCUAUAGCGGCGACCACUCCAAGUUCCUGUCCACGGACCCUCACUUCAAGGACUACAUCACUUUCUUCGAGUACUUCGAAGGUGACACCGGUAGAGGUUUGGGGGCAACGCAUCAAUGUGGGUGGACCGCACUGAUCUCCAAGUGGAUCAGUGAUGUCGGUCUAUCCUGCGUGAGAUUGCCACGUACCCCAAGAUCUUCCGUUUCUGCGGCAGAAGCCAUCGCUGAACAAGCGCAGGAAGCCACGGGCAGGACUGACCACAAGUCCGAAAGGUGGGCGAGAAGAAAGAGUGCCAAGUCCCUGGUUAACUUCACUGCCCACGUCUUGGAUUUGUCCGAAGAGGAGAAAACGCACCACAAGAAUGGUGUCCGCACUGGCAACACCCCACGGAGCAGCGUUGGGAGUGUCAUCUCCCAGACAGAUGUGGACGCCGCGGAACAAGGCGUUGAGAAUAUCGACUUGAAGGAGAACCGUCGCCGCGCACUUUCCAACACGGAAAGUUUGCACGACUUGGUUGCUCACUAG